AUGGAUUCGCUGCAGGCCACCACUUUUGCAAAUACGUUCCUCGUGACUAGAAACGGUGGGGGGCCCGUGUUAAGGGUCGUAGGACCCGAGGAAACUCGAAAGAAGCGGCCGCACCGGUGUGACGAGGGCGAUCCGUGCAGGAACUGUGUCAAGCGGAAGGAGACCUGCGUCCGAGCCAGGCCGUUGUCAUCCAGCCAGGAUGGGAGCGCUUCUCCGCCACCCGAGCUACCCUGGCGGACGCUCUCCGAGCCCGAGUGUGGCCCAAUCAAUCUUCUGCACAUGGAGCUUCUGCACCACUUUGAGCAGCACACCGUCCACACGCUGCCGUUCGAACCGGUGUGGCCCCGGAUGCUGCAGCUAGCCUUUCAGAAUCACCAUCCGCGCCCGCUGGAUCUGUCGGGCGACCGGCUCUACUGGCUGUCGACGGGCGUGCGCCAGAUCUUCUUCAUGGCCUGGCCGCUGUUCCAGGACCGCCGGUCCGUCUUCGCGCACGUCGCCGUGCUCCAGCCGUGCAUGGCGCUCGAGGACGCCGUCCACGCGCUGGGGCUGAACUGGCAGCGGCAUGUGCGCGGGUUUAUGGCGCUGUACGAGAACUCGCGGUAUCGAGGGGGCAGGAACGCGUUUUGCUCUGCAGGGACGUCACAGACGCAGUCACCGCCUUCAUCCGCGUCGUCGUCGUCGUCGUUGUCCUCGAGGGACGGGUCGCUGACCACCCCGAUUACCGGUUCGUCCGCGUCCACGCCAGGUGGCGCCGGGAGCGAUACUAGUAUCGCGGCGGCGUACCUGGAGGGCUUGCUGCCGAGCCUGCCGUCGUCGUCGGCGCCGCCGUACAAGGUGAUGACGCUGUGGCAGAGCUACAAGGAGGGCGAGGCCUACGUCAGGAGCGCGGGGGCGCACGACGAGGCGCUGACGCGGGCGGCGUACAGGCGGCUUGCGGCGCGUCUUGCGGUCGCUAUGGCCUUCGUGUCGGAGGGGCCCGGCGGCGGCUGUGCGGCAUCCGGCAUGUCGGCGGGCGGGGUACCUGGUGGUGGUUGUCGCCGGCUCGAGGUGAGGCGGAGCGAUCUGGUGCGGUAUGUGACGACGAUCCCCAUGAUGUGUUUCGGACCGCUGCUGGCGCUUAUCUCUGGCGGGGACUCGCGCAUGCUCGUCCUGCUGUUCCACGUCUAUCGCAUUGUGGCGGCGCUGCUACCAGGCGAAACAUAUUGGUGGUGUAGGCGGCGUGUGGAAGUCAUGCAGGAGGCCAUUGGGCGCGAGUUGCGGAGUAGAGGCUUGGAAGUGUGCCUCAGGAGACAAAGCGAAGUCUAG